CCGGGCGGGUAUAAGGAUGCAGCUGUUUGCUGUGAGCCGUUCAAUGCAAGUAGAUCAGUGUUUUAAAAUGUAAGACAUGGGCAAGCUGCAAAACUACAAUCGCGUAGAUCCACAUUUAUACAAUAAACACGCUAUUUCGCAAUGGGACUUGCUGACUCAGUAGGACUUCUGACCUUAUAGGUGUUGCAGUGAACUAGUCCAUCUGGAUAACUUCACAAGGGGAAGACACAAUGUCUUUGUCCGUUUUUGUUUUUGUCAGUUUCUCUUUAAUGUGGGCAGUUGGUCAAGCAGAGCCCAUCGUGGACUCAUCGUAUGUUGCUGCUGUAUAUGAGCACAACUUAAUCCUGAACCCGGAGCCUCGUGUCCCCCUGUCCCGCCUCGCUGCCCUGCAGCAUAUGCAGAAAAACCUGGAUAUCUACGAGGAGCAGGCUGCCCGGGCUGCUCAGCAGGGUGCCCAGAUCCUGGUGUUUCCAGAAGACGGUAUUCAGGGUUUCAACUUCAGCCGUUCAUCUAUCUCUGGCUACCUCGAAACCAUUCCUGAUCCCCAGCACGAGAGCUGGAACCCCUGCACAGAGCCGAGCAAAUACAACAACACUGAGGUUCUCCAGCGAUUGAGCUGCAUGGCCCGUCGUCACAAUCUUUAUGUGGUGGCCAACAUGGCUGACCUGCAGCCCUGCCCCCUGAAGAGUGACCCCUCCUCAUCCUGUCCCCCUGAUGGACGCUGGCAGUUCAACACCAACGUGGUUUUCAGGUCAGAUGGCAUGCUGGUGGCGCGCUACCAUAAAUACAACCUUUACUUUGAGGAGGCCUUCGACAUGCCGCCGAAACCUGAGAUCGUAAUAUUUGAUACACCUUUUGCUGGAAGGUUUGGGCUCCUAAUCUGCUUUGACAUCCUGUUCCGCGAGCCCACAGUUACCCUGGUGGAGAAGGGUGUGCGUCAGCUGAUCUACCCCACAGCCUGGAUGAAUCAACUCCCCCUGUUGGACACGAUCCAGUUCCAGCGUGCGUUCAGCUUGGGUGCUAAUGUCACCUUGCUUGCAGCCAACAUCCGUAAUGACCGCCUGAUCAUGACAGGGAGUGGUAUCUACACCCCUUUUUCUGCCACUUGUCACCAUGCACAGAAAGGUGACCCAGAGGAGGGCAGGCUGCUGGUUGCCAGGGUGCCAGUCUUAGACCCACUGUGGUUGGUGCAGAGUGUGGCCACAGAGGUAGUCAGGAGUGAGUCUGCAUCAUUGACAGCUACGGACUCUGGAUACUGUCACCAAGAGAGCUGCUUUGAUUCAUCUUCUCCUGAAACUGCUCCAUCGGUUCCUCCCUCCUCUGCCACCUUCACCUCAUCCAUGAUGUAUGACCCGUUUACAUUUGUCCUCCUAAAGGAGACAGAGGGUGAAGUGAACGUGUGUGACGGCACCUUUUGCUGUCACCUGCAGUACCAAUGCUUACCACAUGGUGGCAGCAAAGAGCUCUACGCAUUGGGAGCAUUUGCUGGAACACACAUUGUGAAUGGACGCUACGCGCUGCAGGUGUGUGCACUAGUCCGCUGUGCAGGGUUGGAAGUCAGUUCCUGUGGACAGGAAGUGAAAGAGGCUGAAUCUAAAAUUGACUUCCUGUUGGAGGGGAAGUUUGGCACCAAAUAUGUGUACCCAUCAAUUUUGGCCAGCAAACUGGUCCUGGAGCAGCCAGAGCAUCUGGAAUCAGCUGCAGAAGGUAGAGUGACAAUGAAACACUCAAACAUGACUGGUGGGCUGGUCACUGCCUGUCUGUAUGGACGAAUGUAUCACCUGGACAAUGACUGAACUGAUUUAGAAAAGAUGAGUGUGUCAGGAGAAAAGCAAAGAUAGCCAUGCCCCAAAGCAUACCCUGCUUUAUUGUCUUUAUUACUUUAAAUGAAACCAUAACUUAAAAUGAAGCCACAAGCUUCAUUUAAAGGGGUCCAAACAGAUUGCAAGCAUUUGAGUGCUUCUUACUUUUUUAUUCGACAAGAUGCCAAACUGUUGAUGUUCUUUGAAAUAAUUGAUGACAGUCACCACUAUAUGCUGAUACUCUUUUGACAUAUAUAAAUCUGCUUUCACAAACAUCA